UCGAAUUCGUUUUUGCAAUCCCGGCAACGGCACAUUCUCAACCCAAAAUGAACACAACAAGCUCGGUUCACAAUUUCGAAAGAAACUUUGCACCUGGCGGCACAUCAACACCAGUGCAUAAUACGCUAUCGCCAUUGCACAAGGCUCUAAUUGAAUAUGCAACAACUUCAGCCCGUUUGCUGUUUAUACAGGAUCCCGCCGUGUACGCGGACUUUCAUUCCACUAACGAAGCAUUCAACGAAUAUACAUCAAUGGAACUCUGCGAAAUCAUGUUAAACUCCGUUUUGCCCAAGGUGCACACAUACCCGUUGACGGCAACAAUUAAGAAGCGCCUGAAAUUAGUGCAGCUUCAUCCGUGCUUCCAACGAACUCCACAAGGCUAUCAAUACACGCCACAGCGUCUGGGCGCGCAUUUUGUGCUGCAGCCCAAAUGUGAUUUUAGUCUGCCGGAGCAGCUACCAAAAUUACUGCGGUCACAGGGCAAUCGGCCGGGUCGGGCGUCAUCUCAGAAACAUGCGCUCACCGGCUCACGAGAUGCUUCCCACACAAUGUUGGUUGGAAGCGAUAAAGUGCCGCAUGUUGGGCGCAAGUUCCAGCUAAGCUACGAUAUUGCUGCACUGCUCUCGCCCAUGCUUUCCAGUCAUUCGGAGUACUCUGUUAGCGAACUGCACAAUGUGACCAAAAUAAAAAAACGUUUGCAGAGCGCCAAGCAUAGCUUCCAGGCGACGGGCAACAUGUCGCCCUACCGCAACAAUCUGCAGCAGCUGAUCAACAACAUGCUCAUGUUCGACAUGGUGAAAAAGCGUCUGUACAGAAGUUUGUUUAACCUGUGAGUCGGAUGUGGACAUGCCUUAAAGAUACAUGAAGUAUGUAAAAUCUUUAAAAUUUUAUAAAAGUAGCGUAUUUUUGUGUGAAAAGUUGUUGGCAGAAGACCGUUAAUUGUACAUUUGCACAUUUAUUUUUGAUUUUAA